AUGGUAGCUGAUAUCCGUGAUGCAGAUGACACGGGUUUUUCGGAUCCUCAUGCUGAUGGUAUGCCCGAAAAGAAGAGUAUUGUCACACCAUGUUUUGAUGUUACCGGAAAAGAAAGCAAGGGUUUGGUUUUCCCAAUCACGAAUAAAUGUGGAACACUCAGUAAUGUAUCCGGGAUGGUUAGCACCGUUUCCAAAUUCUACUAA